AUGGCCCCAAUGCUUGAAUUCCGUACACAGGGCUACAACCCGUACGCCGUAAAGUACUCGCCCUACUACGACUCGCGCAUCGCCGUCGCAUCUUCUGCCAACUUUGGCAUCGUAGGAAAUGGUCGAGUCUUCGACACCAACGACUCCCAAUAUGACCUCGCUUGGUCCGAAAUCAACGAAAACCAGCUUGUCGUGGCCUGCGGCGACGGCUCCAUCAAGCUCUUCGACCUCGGCGUCAAGGACUUCCCCGUCAUGAACUUCCACGAACACAAGCGCGAGACCUUCUCCGUCAACUGGAGCCCCAUCACAAAGGACACCUUCGUCUCCGCCUCCUGGGACGGCACAAUCAAGCUGUGGUCCCCGACGCGCGACCACUCCCUGCGCACCCUACCCGUCGGCAACUGCACCUACAGCGCCGCCUUCCAGCCCUCCAACCCCAGCAUCAUCUCCGCCGUCUCCUCCGACUCGCAGAUCCGCAUCUUCGACCUGCGCACCCCCGUUUCCUCGCGCUACCACCUGACGUCCAUGAUCCCCGUGCACGCCGCCGGGCCCAGCUUCCCAUCGGCGGCGCCCGCGGAGGUCUUGACGCACGACUGGAACAAGUACCGCGACACCGUCAUCGCGACCGGCGGCGUGGACCGCGCCGUGCGCACGUUCGACAUCCGGAACCCGACGGCCGGGCCGGUGUCCGUCAUGCAGGGGCACGAAUACGCCGUCAGGAGACUGGCUUGGAGCCCGCACGCGGCGGACCUGCUGCUGACGGCGAGCUACGACAUGACCGUCAGGUUAUGGGACGAUCGCUCGAAUGCGCCGCCCGCGGGGCCGGCGGGCGGGGCGCAGGUGGGAGCGCAAGUCGGCAUCAUGAACAGGCACACCGAGUUUGUGGUGGGCGUAGAUUGGUGCCUGUUUGGUGUCGGGGGUUGGGUGGCGACCGUCGGCUGGGACGAGAGGGUUUUGUUGUGGGAUGCGAACGCCUUGCUGGCUGGUCGGUAA